GCAUAAAUUUCACGUAGCAGGGAUUAAGGGAAAAGGUGUGGCAUCACGUCCUAAAGCAAGUGAAGAACAAAAAGCUAAGUGUUUUGAGGCGAUUCAAGGGACAAAGUCCAAAAAAAUAGAGAAGAUAUUGAAUGAUGCUAAGUUGAGGGAAGAUGUGAAUAUAUCUUUGCCUACUAUAUGUGAGGAAGAAGAUGAAAUUGCUAUUAUUGAAAGAGGGACUAGAAAAAGGCCUAUUAACGUGGGACCUAUGGAUCAAUUUGCAAGGUCUAUCAAUGUCAAUGAUACUUCUAUGAGUGCAAAUAAGAAAUUGAGACAACAAAAUAUGAAUGAUGCAAUAGCUAAGAAAAGGUUAUUAGAGGUUCGUCGAUAUUUAGCAAGAUGGGUUUAUGAAGCCAGAAUUCCUUUUCAUGCCAUUGAUAAUGAUAGUUUUAAACUAUUUGUUGAAGCUCUUGGUCAAUAUGGACCGGGUUACAUUCCUCCUUCCCAGUACCAAUUAAGGGAGCCACUUUUGAAUGGAGAGGUGGAGAGGACAAAAGAAAAUUUGAAGAAGCAAGAAGAAGAGUGGAAAAAUAAUGGGUGUUCAAUCAUGACGGAUGCUUGGAGUGAUAGAAAAAGAAGAAACAUUAUGACUUUGUGUGUGAAUUGUAAAUUGGGGAUCACAUUUAUUUCAUCAAAGGAAGCUUCAAAUGAUGCUCAUACAGGUCAGUAUAUAUUUGACUAUGUCAAUGAUUGUAUUAAAGAGGUUGGGGUUGAAAAUGUGGUUCAAGUUGUAAUCGACAAUGCUUCCAAUAAUAUGGCCGCUGCAAAAUUGUUAGAAUUACAAUGGCCUAACAUAUUUUAG